AUGAGUGGUGCACCGCCCAAGACGAUCCUCCUUCUCGCAUCCGCAUACCCAUUACAGCCGUCGCAGCCACGAAUGCAGCAGUGGGUAAUCGUGUCGGAUACUACGCAGGGUGCAUUGCAUCACAGUGUGGUACGCGGCGUCAAAGCGAACCAGGGUCGUGAACAGGCGCACGUCCGCUUCCGUCAGGCCAUCGCCGAAGAGGAAUUUGCGUCCAUCGGAGAGACGAGACUCGAGUCUGUCCAGGGCGGCGAAGAGGGGUGUGAUGUUUUCGUUAUACGCUUCCUGUGUAGCGGCGAAACCAACCUUGUAGACGCCGUUGUUGACGUCGCGAUAUACCCAUUCGUUGAGCUCAUCAAUAUCCUUGCGUAA